AACAGAGCGUGUGAUGUGGAGUGAUCUCCCGCACAAGCAGAGUUAACAGCAAGGAAGUGUUUGUUUCUUUCAACCAGCUGUGGUGUAUUGGGAGGGAAGCCAUUUUGAAAGAUGGCUGCCAUAGAUGCCUUACCUGAACAGCUGCUGCUCAAAAUCCUGUCCUAUGUCCCUCCGAAAGAGUUGGUUUUCAUCUGUAGACUCGUCUGCCCCCAGUGGAAGGAGCUUGUGGAUGAACUAAACCCGCAGUCUUGCGAUGAAGGCUUUCCGAAGGACACUCACACUAUAAGAGCAGAAGACUGGGAUGCAUUUUAUUUUUGCACGUCUGCGAAAAACAAUCUAAUCAAGAAUCCAUGUGGUGAAGAGGAAUUCAACUUCUGGGAACUUACAGAUAAUGAUGGGAAUGGUUGGAAAGUGGAAGAUCUUCCUGGUGACAGUGGAAAACCCUUCCCUGAUCAAAGCAUCCAAAAAUAUUUUGUUACAUCUUUUGAAUGGUGUCGAAAAACUCAACUAAUCAAUCUGCUCUCAGAAGGAUUUGACACUGAGAUACUGGACAGUCUUCAACCUGCCAUCAAUGUUAAGGACUGGUAUGCAGGGAGGCACGACUCUGGGUUUUUCUAUGAUCUACAUGUCGAACUUCUGUCUGAAGACAUGAGUGUACUCCAAGAAUACAAGUCUGAUGAGAUUCAGGUCCCACAGUGGAGUGAUGCAGAAUGGAAAGAGGUAUCCAACACUUUCACCAGCUAUGGGCCUGGUAUCCGCUACGUGAAGUUUACACAUGGAGGAAAGGACUCUCAGUUUUGGGGAGGAUGGUAUGGAGCCAGAAUCACCAACAGCACCGUCACUGUGGAGCAAUAACCCGGCUCCAAGCCGUUCACCCGAUGCUUUCGCUGCCAACUUUACGCCAUUUUUAUUUCUACUGACACGCCUGCAUUUCCCCAGCAGAUCUCAGCAGUUUGUGUCGCUGAACACAGACGAAUGUGAGGCGUGAGGGUGCGGGGGGAAGAUGCUGUUUAUUUUAUUGAUGCUGGUCAAGCCAAAAGAUACCCGCUGUGGUGGGCACUUACUCGAGGAAUUAUAAUGUCAGGAUCUAAGUUGGACACUGUGCCCUCUGCCAUCCGGUUUCACUAACGAAAGAGAGCGUAGUGUCCUGUCUCAUGCCAAUGGAAAAUGGAUUUUGUGGCAAAUUUCAUCUUAACCUGACCAAAGAUUUCACAUUCAACUCCACACGAUCUUGCUGUAUCGAUAUUCAGAGUACUGAACGUACUGACAAAUCAGGGAGAUAUUAUUCUGCAGCUUUAAGUCUGAACCAAUCCAUACUUCUCACAUACUUUGAUUUGAUUUGAUUCAACUUUAUUGUCAUUGCAC